AUACCCAGAUCCCUCUACCUUGUGACUAUGAGGACCUCAAUCGUGCUGCUCUCUGCAGCACUAGCCGUGCUCUUGGUAACCCCAAGCAGCUUGGCCAGGCCCUCAUCAUGCUCAAUCGCCAAGUCAAAAUCUCAAGAGGCCUCUUCUUCCUCGUCCGCCGACGCCAGUUCUAGCGAAGAACAAAUAAUAUCAGGAAACGGAUUCUACGAGAAGAAAGCCAAGGAGGAUUCUAGCAAAGCUGUGUCCCAAAAUGCAGAAAAAAGCUCCGAGUCAUUUGUAUCACAAAAUGACGGUUCGGGCGCAUUUGUAAAGGCACAGAAGUCCAAGAAGUCAUCCAGCUCUUCAGCCUCUGAAGCAUCAUCCAGCGAAGAACAAGUAGUCGUAAGAAACGGCGGCUGCGGCUGUGGUUGUAAGAAAUCUGUCAAGAAAGAACUGACUGAAGCAGAAAUAAAAGCUCUAUACUGUCAGAAGAAAGAAGAAAGUUUGGAAGCUUAUUUCAAGAGGAUCGUAGCAAAGAAUGAGUACACUUCUACUGUUGACUCAUACAUAAAGAUUCUGAAUAUUGUCCGUAAAGACUUUUGCACUCUACCUCUAUGGUAUGAUAUUAAGCACUUCGACCUUGUCUCAGAAUACUACAAAGCCCUAUACACCAAGAUUGCCACUGAAACUGAAGAAGCAUACUACUCAAGAAUCAUCAAGAAGGAAGCUUGGGAAACUGAAGAGCAGUACGCCAAGAGGAUCAUCCUUGUUCGUGACUGCUACCCCACUCUAUCUUUGUGGACUGAACAAAAGUACUUUGAGAAAUACACCAAAUCUGUGUACGCUACUUGUUUCAAGAAGUGGGCCAAGGAAACCGAUGAGGAGUAUGUAAAACGUAUCUUUGCCAGAGACUCGUUCUUUGACAAGUCCGAUGAGAUCUGGGCCAAGAGGAUCUUCCUUAUCCAAGAGGCAACUUGCACAAGCUCUAUCUGGUACCAAGAAAAGUACUUCGACUACAUCAAGAAGUUCUACUCAGUCUACUACAAGCAAGUAGAAAAAGAAACCAACGAGGCAUGGCUAACUAGAGUGCUCAAGCCCCUGCAAGGAGAAACUGUUGAACAGACCAUCAAGAGGAUCAGCCUGAUCAAGAAGAGCACCGAAAGUUUCGGAUACUGGAAGUUUGACUUCUUCAAGAAGGUACAGGCCUCCAAAUGCUUCCAGGCUGAAUACCUGUCUCAGAUCCAGAAAGCAUUCUUUGAAUUGACCGAGAGUGAUAUUAAGACCAUCUACGUUCAGAAGAAGGACGAAAGCUUGGAUUCAUACUUUAAGAGGAUCGUUUCCAAGACCGAUUACACAUCUACCACUGAGGCCUACAUCAAAACCCUGAACAUUGUCCGUAAAGACUUUUGCAAUCUCCCUCUUUGGUAUGACAUCAAAUACUUUGACCUUGUCUCAGAAUACUACAAAACCCUGUACACCAAGAUUGCCACUGAAACUGAAGAAGCAUACUACUCAAGAAUCAUCAAGAAGGAAGCUUGGGAAACUGAAGAGCAGUACGCCAAGAGGAUCAUCCUUGUUCGUGACUGCUACCCCACUCUAUCUUUGUGGACUGAACAAAAGUACUUUGAGAAAUACACCAAAUCUGUGUACGCUACUUGUUUCAAGAAGUGGGCCAAGGAAACCGAUGAGGAGUAUGUAAAACGUAUCUUUGCCAGAGACUCGUUCUUUGACAAGUCCGAUGAGAUCUGGGCCAAGAGGAUCUUCCUUAUCCAAGAGGCAACUUGCACAAGCUCUAUCUGGUACCAAGAAAAGUACUUCGACUACAUCAAGAAGUUCUACUCAGUCUACUACAAGCAAGUAGAAAAAGAAACCAACGAGGCAUGGCUAACUAGAGUGCUCAAGCCCCUGCAAGGAGAAACUGUUGAACAGACCAUCAAGAGGAUCAGCCUGAUCAAGAAGAGCACAGAAAGUUUCGGAUACUGGAAGUUUGACUUCUUCAAGAAGGUACAGGCCUCCAAAUGCUUCCAGGCUGAAUACCUGUCUCAGAUCCAGAAAGCAUUCUUUGAAUUGACCGAGAGUGAUAUUAAGACCAUCUACGUUCAGAAGAAGGACGAAAGCUUGGAUUCAUACUUUAAGAGGAUCGUUUCCAAGACCGAUUACACAUCUACCACUGAGGCCUACAUCAAAACCUUAAACAUUGUCCGUAAAGACUUUUGCAAUCUCCCUCUUUGGUAUGACAUCAAAUACUUUGACCUUGUCUCAGAAUACUACAAAACCCUGUACACCAAGAUUGCCACUGAAACUGAAGAAGCAUACUACUCAAGAAUCAUCAAGAAGGAAGCUUGGGAAACUGAAGAGCAGUACGCCAAGAGGAUCAUCCUUGUUCGUGACUGCUACCCCACUCUAUCUUUGUGGACUGAACAAAAGUACUUUGAGAAAUACACCAAAUCUGUGUACGCUACUUGUUUCAAGAAGUGGGCCAAGGAAACCGAUGAGGAGUAUGUAAAACGUAUCUUUGCCAGAGACUCGUUCUUUGACAAGUCCGAUGAGAUCUGGGCCAAGAGGAUCUUCCUUAUCCAAGAGGCAACUUGCACAAGCUCUAUCUGGUACCAAGAAAAGUACUUCGACUACAUCAAGAAGUUCUACUCAGUCUACUACAAGCAGGUAGAAAAAGAAACCAACGAGGCAUGGCUAACUAGAGUGCUCAAGCCCCUGCAAGGAGAAACUGUUGAACAGACCAUCAAGAGGAUCAGCCUGAUCAAGAAGAGCACCGAAAGUUUCGGAUACUGGAAGUUUGACUUCUUCAAGAAGGUACAGGCCUCCAAAUGCUUCCAGGCUGAAUACCUGUCUCAGAUCCAGAAAGCAUUCUUUGAAUUGACCGAGAGUGAUAUUAAGACCAUCUACGUUCAGAAGAAGGACGAAAGCUUGGAUUCAUAUUUUAAGAGGAUCGUUUCCAAGACCGAUUACACAUCUACCACUGAGGCCUACAUCAAAACCUUAAACAUUGUCCGUAAAGACUUUUGCAAUCUCCCUCUUUGGUAUGACAUCAAAUACUUUGACCUUGUCUCAGAAUACUACAAAACCCUGUACACCAAGAUUGCCACUGAAACUGAAGAAGCAUACUACUCAAGAAUCAUCAAGAAGGAAGCUUGGGAAACUGAAGAGCAGUACGCCAAGAGGAUCAUCCUUGUUCGUGACUGCUACCCCACUCUAUCUUUGUGGACUGAACAAAAGUACUUUGAGAAAUACACCAAAUCUGUGUACGCUACUUGUUUCAAGAAGUGGGCCAAGGAAACCGAUGAGGAGUAUGUAAAACGAAUCUUUGCCAGAGACUCGUUCUUUGACAAGUCCGAUGAGAUCUGGGCCAAGAGGAUCUUCCUUAUCCAAGAGGCAACUUGCACAAGCUCUAUCUGGUACCAAGAAAAGUACUUCGACUACAUCAAGAAGUUCUACUCAGUCUACUACAAGCAGGUAGAAAAAGAAACCAACGAGGCAUGGCUAACUAGAGUGCUCAAGCCCCUGCAAGGAGAAACUGUUGAACAGACCAUCAAGAGGAUCAGCCUGAUCAAGAAGAGCACCGAAAGUUUCGGAUACUGGAAGUUUGACUUCUUCAAGAAGGUACAGGCCUCCAAAUGCUUCCAGGCUGAAUACCUGUCUCAGAUCCAGAAAGCAUUCUUUGAAUUGACCGAGAGUGAUAUUAAGACCAUCUACGUUCAGAAGAAGGACGAAAGCUUGGAUUCAUACUUUAAGAGGAUCGUUUCCAAGACCGAUUACACAUCUACCACUGAGGCCUACAUCAAAACCUUAAACAUUGUCCGUAAAGACUUUUGCAAUCUCCCUCUUUGGUAUGACAUCAAAUACUUUGACCUUGUCUCAGAAUACUACAAAACCCUGUACACCAAGAUUGCCACUGAAACUGAAGAAGCAUACUACUCAAGAAUCAUCAAGAAGGAAGCUUGGGAAACUGAAGAGCAGUACGCCAAGAGGAUCAUCCUUGUUCGUGACUGCUACCCCACUCUAUCUUUGUGGACUGAACAAAAGUACUUUGAGAAAUACACUAAAUCUGUGUACGCUACUUGCUUCAAGAAGUGGGCCAAGGAAACCGAUGAGGAGUAUGUAAAACGAAUCUUUGCUAGAGACUCAUUCUUUGACAAGUCUGAUGAGAUCUGGGCUAAGAGGAUCUUCCUUAUCCAAAAGGCAACUUGCUCAAGCUCUAUCUGGUAUGAGGAGAAAUACUUCCAAUAUCUUCAGAACUUUUAUUCCUUAUUCUACAAAAAAUUAGAGAAGGAGUCCAGUGAUGCUUGGUUGAUCAGGGUUCUUAAACCUUUUGAAGGAGAGAGUUUUGAACAAGCUAUCAGAAGAAUCCAUCUAAUCAAGAAGGUCACCGAGAACUGUGGUUGCUGGAAGGCUGAAGUUUUCAAGUUAAUCAGAGAUUCCAAAUGCUUCCAGUCUGAAUACCUGUGCAAGAUCGAAAAAGAAUUCUUUGCUUCUCCAGUAAUCUACAAGUCAGAAAAAUCCAAGAAGACAUCUGAGUCCUCCUCCUCAUCAUCAUCAUCAAGUGAAGAACAGUUGAAGGCUAACUGCGCCACUGGAGAGUUUGAGAAGAAGUCAGCAUCUUCCCAGUCUGCUGCCAGCUCUGCCUCAGAUUCUGAAGAAAAUGAGUCUCUCUUGCUUGUUCGCAGAGGCUGAUAACAUUCACUCUUUUGUAUUGAAAUAAAAAAUAUAAAUAUUGUACCUA